CCCAAGCUUCAACUCCAAGCCUACAUUUUCUCCCUUCUCAGUUUCUUUUUCGAAGUGAAUCAAUAUUCUCUUCCAUUUUCAUCAUUUAACAUAAUAAAACAAUCAAAUUUUAACUUCUAAUUUCGUGUUUUAGUGAUCGAGUGGUGGGUUGCAAUCUUGUAUUUCGUUGGUAGUAAAAUCCAUAUGAGCCUACUAACUGUUUGAUGAAAUGCCUCUGGGAGAAUCUCUGUUUUUUCUCUUUUUCUUGUGCCGUCUGUAUUAUAGGAGGGUUUUUUUUUUUCUACAUUGUUACGACCUCCAUUUGAAGCUCAACUAUAAAGGCCCAACUAGGCAUGUUUGAGCUGCUUCUAUCCACUGCGUGAUUUUCUCCCUCAGAGCGAGCGUCCUUCACAGCGAGUUCAGAGUUCAAAGCGUGAAACUGGAGGAGGAGACAGGUUUGCACUUGGUGAAAUCAUCUCAGCGUACAUCUGAUUACUGGCCCAUUGUCAAUCUCUAUUAAGCCUCAUAUAAAUAAUAGGAUUGUCAGUAAAUAAUUGGAUUGUCAGAGAUUGUACUUCUCUCUCGUGGCCCUUUUCUUGCUCCAUUGCUCAGAGCUGAAAAGGAGUCUUGACAAUAAAGAAAAUGCCAAAUAGAACUCGACCUAUGACUGCACUCUUGGUGUUUACUGGGCUGAAUAUUGUUCUAGUUUCAACCAUUACUCCAGUCUAUGAUUUCGUCUGCUUCCUUCCAUACUGGGAAAGAAGGAGAGAACGACGUCGUCAGGAACGUGAAGCAACUUUAUCAAAUGGUCCUGAAUCAAAAUAGAAUUAUUAAUGAGGUCAAACCUCUUGAGUUACAGGUUUUAAGCUUUUUCUAAUAUUUAAUGUAGUCUCAGCUAUAUGAUUUAUUGUAAGAUUUUAGCAAAUAAAGGAUAAGAAGGUAUAUGAAGCUUUUGCAUGCCUGCUUAUGGAUGUUCU